GUGUCGCACUCGUGGAGCGAUCGAGUCGCGCAACAUUGGCAACCGUCCAUCCGUAGAACAAAACUGCAAUCGAUUCUCGCUCUCUCGCUCUCGGCGACAGCAGCAGAAGCAGCAACAGCAUCGGCAAAACCGUCUCAGAAGUCUCAGUGUUACGUGUUACGCGUCCGAUCGGGUAUACUACGCGAAGUGGUGUAGUUGUGUGCGGUGUACGUGUGCACGGCAGCGAUCACGAUCGACGACGACGACGGUGUGGCGAGGAGACGGCCCAAGGCGCGCGCGACCGAUCGCUUAGUAGACUGUUGCGAGCGUUCGCGAAUCGAUCUCGCGCAACUUGCCUCGUCCGACAGCGCCGAAAAAAAAGUUUGUAGAGGAGUUUUUUUUUGCGCGCGGCCAAGAAGCAAAGGUGUCUCCGCUCGGGUUCAGAUUUUUUCGGAUUAGUUAGCGUUUAACCGUCACACCGAUAACAAGCUCCGAGAGGUUCUGGUUCUUGAAGUGGCACAGCGUGUGCGGUACUGUUGUGUGGAACGUUGCACCAGCUUUGGUGGUUGCAACGAACUUAAGUUGUUCUUGAUUGUAGAGUGUUCGGUGUUCGGUUCUACUGUUUUGACGACGUCGUUCAGAUCGGCAUUGGAACAGUUUGACGAAAGGUAGAAGUGGUUUUUGUGUUUCUGUCCGUUAAGUGAGGCGUGACAUUGAUCGUGAUCGAGAUCCGUCCAGUUCUGGGGACUGAAUAGUGAAGCAAUAGCGUGCGGUAACCCCAGAGGGAGAAAGUGAAUCGAUUUUCCUCUCGACGGAGCUUCUCGAUAAAUAAAACAAAGUGAGUGUGUAUGUUUUACCUCUAAAACUCAUCAACGCGGAUCGCUACGAGUGGCACCUUUUGCCUCUCCAGCGUAGGCCCCUAACCAGUGGCCAGCAAUACGGUUUACAAUUAAAAGUGAAGUUGAGCACUUUUUCUUCGCGGCCAGUGAAGGCAAAAUAAAAUCAUAAUAAUAACAUACAGCUGAGCCGUACGAACGGACGUAAAGUCGUGCUUUUUUGCAGUGUGCACAACGACCACGGGACGGACAAACUAACGAACGAAACGAUUGGACGACCGACGAAACGGGCAGGUUCCAGUAAAACCAGCUAAGGCUGACCGCGCGCGCCGUUCGCGAAACAAGUUACUCAGUACCCGCAUGGUGCCAACAGUUUUUUUCCUCUCGCCUCUAGAAAAAUCAACCAACAUCAACAAACACUUAAGAAAUUGCCCGAAUCGCAGAAAUUUCACCCUCUGAUCCGACCAAUAAAAAACCCAAAAGAAACCCAAUUUGAAAAUUUCUCAGCAUACUCGCACUGACUGGGGCGACGAGGAAAACUUCGACAUCUCGGACACAUUCGAACGUUACUUAACCGAAUUAUAAGGCACGCAAGUGAAUCUCCACCACGCGCGAAGCUGUGACGAACGACGCGCCGAAAACGCCGAAGAAGACAACCUCCAAAAAACAAAAAUACCAAGAAACAGUGAAGUGAAUCAAUUAAAACUCGAACAAACAAAAGUAGCCUAUUCAUUCGGCGGAGAGGCCUUGGGAGCCUGUGUGCCGUGUUUCUGCCUGCGUGCCUGCCUGUGUGUGGUAGUGAAGAUCGCACCGUGUGCAUUGUUUUCGACGCGCGCGGGCGCGAUCGCGAUCGCCUCAAUUCAGGCGAUUCUUUUAUGUAAUUCGUGAAUUUGAGUCGUUUCGGUGCCAGAAGCAUUAGCGGAGGUGCCCGACGACGGGAGGACCCACUCAAGACUCCAUACCAACAAACGACGCCGGAGAAAGAAGCAAUGGGAAGCUCUUAAUUAGUGGAAAAUUAGAUAAAGUUUUCGAAAAACCCUAAACAGGCUACCAGCCAGCAGCCACUCACAAAGAGGCGUGAAGGUUGGGAGGAAACCGGAAAAGUAAUCAAAACUACUUUCAUAGGUGCAGUAGACAGUCGGAGUGAAAUAAUAACUCGAUCAUAAGUGAAAACGCAAGGGUUAGAGAUCCGAUCGGAUCUGGUUAGGAACCUUAGCAGCACAGUCAGUGGUGAGAACGAAAGCGCGAAAGAGAACCCGAGUGGAAGUGAUUAUCAUCAAUUGAAUUGAAGUUGGUGCGCUACUCUAAGCGAGUGAGUGUGGUGUAAUUUCAGAAUAAAAGCCAUCGACGAAAACCGAAAGUGAUUGAGAUUUCAGUCCGUCCGGAAUGAUUUUGAUGAUGAUUGUAAUCAUGUUGGAGUGAAACGAAGCAAACAAAAACGGGUGGAAGAAUUUUGAGUGAAGACGAGCGUGAAAAAGGAGUUGCGGUGAUCAAGUGACGAAAGAUUUCGACGCCAGGGAGGAGAGCAAGAAACGCCAAUACCAGCGAAAGAUUGACUGCGCCCUCAAUGAGCAUCAUCGUGCUUCGGAACGAUUAAGAGAAAUACCCACCCCGCCAAGAUGACGCGACUUGGCCUGUAUAUAGCGGCGUCAUGGACGUUAUUUUGCACCUACAGCGUUGCUAUGCCAGACAUCCACCGGCAGAUGAGCUCGGCCCAGCUGCAGGAGGUGUUCCACGUGGACCACCCGGACUCCGUCCCGCACUACGAGCUGAUCCAGCUGACGCACCACACGAACCAACCUUCGUUUCACUAUCGGCGCAAAAGAAGCAUAGAGACAGCACCCAGCCCCAAGGGCGGAAGUGGUAGCAGCAGCAACAGUCUACUCCCCGGUGGCGGUAACCACCAUGUGAAGAAAGAUUUGAGCAAAGUGAAGUUCAGUGAGAAAGCAAGUGAGAGCCAAGUUCCGGCCAAGAAGAGCACCGCCGCGAAAGAGGUUUUCAUUUCGUCGACGACCACAACGACGACUCCGAGGGUCGUCGCCGAAGCCGAGCAGGAACCGAUCCUGCCAGAAAUGCAACCUCAACAACAACAACAGCGACAGCCAAACAGUGGCGAUGUGAAUGAAAGUGAUAGUGAUAGCUAUAGUAAGAUUAGUGGUGCCAGCAUACGGGACAUCGCCCAGCACCGGGUGUCUUUUAGCGCGUUCGGUGAGAAUUUGAACCUAACGUUGGAGAAGACCGAGGGGCUGUUCCGCGGUGGGCCGCACUCGUUGCGCAUGUGGAACGUGCGGGUGGACCCGAACGCCACCCAGGGUCUCGUGUACGAGGAGAUACAUGAAGAGAAUCCCGCCGAAGAAGACUCAUUUGGUAACAUUUACCAAGAUCAGCAGAACAUGGCUGCCGUGCUGAUGCGAAAGCAUCUGGAAAGCGGCGAUCUAAUGAUGGAGGGUAGUAUAGGACAUGAACUUGUGAUAAAACCAGUGCCAACCGACAUCUCCCGGGCGGAGGACGGUAGUGUUCAUCAUGUUAUUUAUAAGCGAACCGUGUCAGAGGAACACAACGACCAUGCGAGCGAUUACGCAUUCAUGGAACCGGACCGGCUGCAGAAGCGAUUUCGCUCCAAGCGUCAGGCCUACUACAAAUCAUCGCGGGCGAUCGAUACCACCAUCUAUCCGGAAAUCCUGGUCAUCGUGGACUACGACGGCUACCGGUUACACGGCGGCGACAACGUCCAGGUCAAGCGGUACUUUGUCUCGUUCUGGAACGGAGUGGACCUGCGCUAUCGGUUGCUGAAGGGGCCACGGAUUCGCAUCAGCAUCGCCGGCAUCAUCAUCUCGAGGGGUCGCGAUGCCACUCCGUACCUGGAGCGAAACCGCGUGGGACGUGAUGCGAUCGAUUCGGCCGCCGCCCUCACCGACAUGGGCAAGUAUCUGUUCCGAGAGCGAAGACUGCCGGUGUACGACAUUGCCGUUGCCAUCACGAAGUAUGAUAUGUGCCGAAGAAGGAAAGGCGGUCGUUGUACGAAAGGCACAGCUGGAUUCGCAUACGUCGGAGGAGCCUGCGUCGUGAACAAGCGACUGGAGAAGGUCAACAGCGUGGCCAUCAUCGAGGACACCGGUGGCUUCAGCGGUAUCAUUGUGGCAGCCCACGAAGUCGGCCAUCUGCUGGGAGCAGUUCACGAUGGAUCUCCCCCACCUAGCUACCUCGGAGGACCGGGAGCGGAGAAGUGCCGCUGGGAGGACGGCUACAUCAUGUCCGAUCUGCGACACACCGAGCGGGGCUUCCGGUGGUCACCGUGCAGUGUUCAAAGUUUCCAUCAUUUCCUCAAUGGUGACACCGCCAGUUGCCUGCACAACCCUCCUCACGAGGACGAAGCCCUGGGCCGGACCCUGCCCGGGACGCUCCUCUCGCUGGACGCCCAGUGCCGGCGGGAUCGGGGGACGUCCGCCUGCUUCAAGGACGAACGCGUCUGCGCUCAGCUGUUCUGCUUCGACUCGGCCAGCGGGUACUGUGUGGCGUACCGACCGGCCGCCGAAGGAUCCACCUGCGGCGAUGGACAACACUGUUUGGAUGGUAGAUGCGUUGCCGAACAUGAGAACAUAAUUCCCGACUAUUCACAGCACACACCGUCGUACGCGCGGUUCAACCAACAACCAGUCAAAUAUAACUACGACGACAAGUCAGGUCAGCAGGAUGAAUAUUAUGAACCAUCAAGUAGCACGUCGUCCACAAGUACAACCACCUCCACCACCACCACAACGACAACAACCACCACCACCACACCACCACCACCACCGCCGCCACCGACAUCGACGAGGAAUUAUUACCAAUAUUUCAACCACAAGUCCACGAGUACAUAUCAUAUGGAUGAUGAGGACAGACGAUACAAGAAUUUCAUGAAUGCCAUCAAACGAAAGCGAUUACAACACCUAAAGGAGCAACUGCAGCAGCAGGAAAUCGUCAGCAAUCAGCAGUAGUAAAAUAGGCAGUAGUUAAAGUAGCAGAUAACCCCCCAGAGACCAAUAGAAUUCUGUUUAUCUUCUGUACCAUGAAGAACACAAGUUGGGAAGCACACGGAUUUAGUAGGCAGCGCAGCGCAUCAUGUCCAUAGAAACAGACCGCUAACUAUCGCAGCAGCAGGCAACAAAACCUUCCAACUGUUUGGGAAAAUACGCACGACCACCUUUUACCCAAAGCAACAUGCAUUAUAAUGCAUUAGUUUCCUUGUUUUUGUAUUUUCUUUUUCUACGAAGAAAAUUACACCAAAUCAUUUGCAAACUAUCGAAUCUUCAGUCACAUUACAACGUCCAUCGAUGCGAAUACUACAACAGCAAAUGCGCGAAAGGCACACAACCACAACGAAGCCAGGCUACACUAACCGUUAACUUAUACAGAGAGCAGAAUCUAUAUUCAAAAUACAAUUGUGAUAUAAAAUUGUGCAAAUAGGCGAAAGAAACUAUUUACUUCUACAGAAUAGUUGUUUCAUAUUAUUUUUUGUAGUUAUUAGGCGAAGUGACACAGUUUUUGAGAAAUUGUGUUCACAUUUCAUUGUAGUUUUAGGAGUCAAGAGAACAAGUCUACGAUAACUGCGAUUUGAUCGCACAACUGACGUACGUAGCAAAACAUUUCCAACAACCAGCAACCGUAUCGAACAAAUUUACACGAAAAGUGUGACGAAGUGUAAUUAUUACAACCAACUAGCCACCGUCGAAAGAUGAGCUCCAAAAUGUAUAACAAUCUGUGAUUUUGAUAAUUUCGGAAUACAUCCGAAGAAAUUCAACGAAUUCAAAUGUUUUUGACCAAUACCCACGCAAGUUUCUCGGUCCAAACUCAUCUUUCCUCUGUUGCCAACAACCUGACCGUGUCAUUCAAGAAUAAUAAAUGUAAAAAUCGUUUACGAUUGCCCUUGCUUCUCCAAAGCGUAGCACGAUCGUAGCAAGCAUUGCCAUAACUCGUAAAAUUCAACCAGAAAAGUCUGCCGCUUUACGCGAUGGCCUACUGUGAUUUUACAUCGAACGCAAACAAACGAACAAAGAGCCCCAAUCUUAGCCCAAACCCCCCUUGACAGAUCUCACCACUGGAACGUGAUCGUCACGCCUCACUGUAGGCAACCCACAGUGCACCGACACUUCAAAACCAAACGUACCAUAGCCACCAUAGCAAAUUUUGUUACUGCGUUGGACUAGAACACCACCGAACAAUUCCAAACGGCACUUGACCCAUUUAUGGAGUCAUUUUCUCAACUGAAAACUGCCCUCAACAUUGAUUUCGGUUUUAUUUUGUUGUAAAAAAAGAGUACGGAUCGUUUAAGUAUACUAACGUAACUGCUAAACUGCCCGCCAAACGAAAACAAACACAUACACACACACAAACAACGACAAAAUCUUCAAGAACCCGAUCGUUAACUCGUGAAAUCUUGUUAUUUUUUGUACUUAAAAAAACUAUCGGAACAACAAAACCCCUUGUAAAUAUGUAACAAUUGUUAGUGAUUAUAAUUUUAUUGAAAAAAAAAAUACAAGUGAAACUAAACAAAUCGACCACUAUGCUAGGAUCAGAGCAACAGAAUUAGGAAAAAAAAACAAACGAAAACAACGAAAAAAGUCUGCACAAAAAACAUAACAAAUUAGGAAAAGCAAACCCCAAACCAAACCCAUGUUGAUGCAUGUGGCUCCUAAAGAAAGAAAAUGGGCACAUUUGUUGCCCCUUCAAGGUGAAGAUGCGUAUUUUUGUAAAUCUUGAAAAGACGAAAACACUCCUACACCCCCCACACAAGACACCCUAGAACCUCCCCCAUCCCCUCCACUAUACCUUAGAUAGAUAUCUUUAAUUUAUCACUUUUAAGCGCUGUUAGUUGUUAGAGACAAGAGUAGGAAGAAACUCUACU